AUGAUGUUUGGUCAAACCAAAAUGCAGGGGUCUGCAAAAACAAAUCCCUGCAAUGCCCUGUGCGGUACAAAAGAAUCUGCCACCACCCAAGGGGCGUCAUAUGGAAAUAAUCAGUGCGCCAAAUUGACAAUUAGCAAGGGAGGGAGGGGUCGCCAAAUUGCACAGCUGAUUUCCUGCAAAAUAGAUAGAGAGAGAGGAAGCGGAAAUCAAGAGAUGAGGAAAGAAGGACGGAACCGGAUCGCCAGCAGGCGGAUGCUUUUGUGCCGGAUGAAUAAUGACCAUCGCUGACAGCUCGAAAAUGCAGCAGUUCCGACCAAGAGGGAUCCUCCUCCCCAGCAUGCAGCAGCACCAGGCUGAGAUCCUCCUUCGUGUUUUUAUUUUUCGCUGAC